UCCAGCUGCUGUGAAGUCGAUCAAGAAGACACAGCAGCUAACGAGCCUCUGAUCCGGACCAUAGACUGUGUCAUCCAGACCACAGACUGUGUCAUCCAGACCAUAGACCGAACGACCCGGACCAUAGACUGGACCACCCGGACCCGCUGACAGUGAGCCGCCACCGCUGUGCUGCCUCCACUCAGUGGCCUCUGCUGGGACAUUCAGCCCCCGGGGAGAACAAAUAAAAACCAUCCUCCUUCUGCAUCUGUGUUGGUAUUGAACAGCAGAAGUGGGUCGAUAAGUGGAUCAGAUUUAUUAGCGGUCUACAGCUCGCCAGAUGCCAGAGGAGCCCCAGUCUGAGGGUCUGCACACCGCGCAUUAAGUGAGAGGGGAUCCAGCAACGUGUACACAAGUGCGGCACAAUCUCAAGUGGAAGGGAGAGUAAACCAUAAGGAUGGAUCUGAUCAAACUUGCCGUGUCCUUCCACUUCCUGCUGUGCUCUGCGUGGGCCCGCCACUCUUACAUGGACAGCAUCUUCUCCCCCCGCUCAGUUCUCAGGUUUCUGGAUGAGCCGCUGACGUUUGACCCCUGCUGUCUGAUGUCCCCGCCCCCCCCACCUCUCUUCCCCCCGCCGCCUCAGCUGUGGAAGCAUGGCAGCCCCGGUGGUGUUAGCGUGUUGGAGCCAAGCGUGUUUGGAGGAGAGGUAAAGGAAAAGGAAAAACCUGUCACACCCGGGUGUUCAGCUGGACCUCCAGGACCCCCAGGACCCCAGGGCCCAGAGGGUCAAGGUGGAUUACCCGGCAUCCGAGGACCACAAGGCGAGAAGGGAGAAAUUGGACGUCCCGGGUCAAAGGGUCGUACAGGGGCUCCAGGCCUCCCAGGGAAACUAGGACUACAAGGAUGGCUUGGACCAGAGGGACCCCAGGCUGAGAAAGGGGAUCCAGGACUCAUGGGAUUACCAGGACUAAGGGGACCAUCAGGGACAAAGGGUUUGCCUGGUUACAAAGGAGAUAAGGGGCGUCAUGGUGACCCUGGAGCAUCAGGACCAAAAGGAGAUAAGGGCUCCAUUGGUUUGCCUGGGAUGCUUGGACAGAAGGGUGAGCAGGGAACAAAGGGAGGGUCGGGAGUGGCAGGGAAGAGAGGACCCACUGGACGGCCAGGGAAGAGAGGCAAACAGGGCAUGAAGGGUCACUCUGGCACCCCAGGAGUCAUGGGCCCCCAUGGACCUUCAGGACCAAAUGGCCAUCCAGGACCACCUGGUCCACCUGCCUCAGGUCUCUAUGUAGUAGGGGAAAAGGGGGAGAAGGGUCUUCCUGGUCCAGCGGGUCGCUGUGACUGUGAUUCAACUGUUGGAGCCAAUAAUGCUCCUUUUGGAAGCUACACACAGCGGGGGGGCCUCAAUAAAGUCCCUGCAAUAUUUGUGGUAAACAAUGAGGAGGAGAUGGAGCGUCUGCGUUUAGACCACUCAAUAGCAUUCAGGAAGGACCAGAGGGUGCUGUACUUCAAAGAUAAAGAUGGAUGGAAGCCCAUUCAGCCCUUCCAGCCGUUCCAGUCCACAGAGAAAGUCCCGGACAGAGUUGGUGUGUGUGGAGACGGGAAGGUGCAGGCCCAGCACGGAGAGGAGUGUGAUGAUGGAAACCAGAUUGUCACCGAUGCCUGUCUCAACUGUAAGUGGGCCUACUGUGGCGAUGGCUACCGACAUGACGGCAUUGAGGAGUGUGAUGGAAAGGACUUUGGUUAUCAGACCUGCAAAUCCUAUCUCCCCGGGUCCUUUGGGCAGCUCAGAUGCACCGACUCUUGCCUCAUUGACUCCACAGGUUGCAAGUAUUUCACCUGAACUGGAAAGUGAGACAAAUUGCCUGAUUGCAACUUCACAGUUCCUCUUUCUGAUCACUGGGGUCUAUAUUUCAGAUUUCUACUGAAGUCUCACCCCUUUAAAAUAAAUGAUGGACUGAAAGAGACUAAAGGAAGCUCUUGCGCCUGCUCUGAGCCAUGUGAAUCGACCGUCUCCCCUGCAGGUUUCAAUCUUUGUCUGGCCUCAGGGAGCCACUUCCUGUUAUAGUCAUCGGCUGCAGCACUGUUAUGGACACCGGUGGUGGUGGGACACGUUUUAAUGAUUGUAUCAUAUGAAAUAGUUACAAUGUGUAUGACUUGCUGACUGUUAAUGCAAAAAUAAGCUGUAUUGUGAAAUUAUUUUGUAAAGAGAGACAGAAAAAAGAGCCUUUCAAAUGAGGCAAUUAUAUUAUUGAUACUAUAUAUACUGUAGUAUGCAAAUCAGGGGUGUGUAAAUGUGUUUAUUCCUUAGGAAACAUGUAUUUAUGAAGUGCAAUACUGUGAAAAUGCAUGUAAUUGUGUACAAGUGCACAUUGGACUGUUUAACUAGUGCUAUAAAUGUAAUAUCCAAAGUAUAGCCCUCUCGAUGUGAAUGUUCAAAUACCGACGGGAGGGAAAUGAAUGUCGUACUCUAACAAGAAAAACUGUGAUCAUCGCAGCAGCAUGAAGAAACUGCUCAGUUACAUCAAAGGAAAUUCAACCUUAAUUCAGCCAAAUGUAAUAAGUGUAUUUUAAUCUGCCUGCAUGACUGUAAAGUUCACACUGUACACUAAUAAAGG